UCCCGCCCAAAGAAAGGGAAGAGAAGGAAACAGGACUGCGUGGGAAUUGAGUCCAGGCGAAACCCUAACGUUCGGCCUUCGACUCUUCAAUGGAGUCACCUUGUGUCGCCGAUUCGCCCACGAUAGCUGAGAAUUCAGAACGCAAUUUCCAGCCUUUCUUUGUACUUCACAAAGCGACGCAUCGCAAUUCAGAGAGAAAAUUAACUGCAAGAACCAGAACCAGAACCAGAACCAGAAGAAAAAUAGAUUUAACCUCAUCGUCAGUUGAGCAGUCCGAGGGUGAGUUUGGUGGAGAACACAUCGACAACAAUAACUACUACAAUCGCUCGUGGACAAAUGCUUUCGAUCGUGUCUGGCACAAAUUUGAGUCAACCAUAAGGGAUGUUUUGAGGAAUAUCACUGCAGACGCAUUUAAUGAUAUUCAUAGCUGGAUACAAGAGUCGUUUGAUGCAAUUCGUUCCUGUGGAAUUCCUCAUGGUGACAAAUCUAUUUGGUCCUACCCCAUUGUCACUGAUCCUCUAUCUAAACAAAUUCACACGGGCUUGAUGUUCACCAAAAAUAUAGAUUUGGUUGAUGAUCUAUUGACAUUUGAGGAACUUGGUUUACAUUUGAAAUCACAUGGAUGCCAUGUGGCUAAUCUAUCAUCUGACGACUUCUCUGCCAAGAAUGGAAUUGCUGGUUGUUUCAGAGCUUUAUUAAGACAGUUUCUUAUGGUUGGACUGGAUGCAGCUGAUAUGUCUGUCUUGGUGUCAUGGUACAUUGAACAAGGGAAACAUGACAAGCCAGUGGUUGUCAUUAUUGAUGAUAUGGAGAAGUGUUGUGGGUCUGUCUUGUCUGACUUCAUCCUCAUGUUGAGUGAAUGGGUGGUUAAGAUUCCAGUCAUCUUGAUAAUUGGAGUUGCAACAACUAUCAAUGCCCUAAGAAGCAUACUUCCGUCAAAUGCCCUCCAGUACCUGUGUUGUCGUAAAUUCAGUUUAGGAUCUCCAACUGAGCGAAUGGAUGCAAUCAUUGAGGCUGUCCUUGCGAAACAACAUUCUGGAUUCAGUGUUGGCCACAGGGUGGCAAUUUUUUUGAGGAACUAUUUCUUAAGACAGGAUGGGACUCUGGCCUCAUUUGUUAGAGCUCUGAAGAUAUCAAUUGCACAACAUAUUUCUGUGGAGCCUCUAAGCAUCAUACUUGGGAGCUUAUUUAAUGAAGAUGGUCAGGACUUAAGGAAUGAAAUACAUGCAUAUUUGCCAGAAAUGCAGUUCAAGCGGGCUUUUGAUCUUCCAUCUUGCAAGAGAAGUUAUGAAUUGGCUGAACGAAAUGAAGAAAUGUUUGCUCACGGCUUGUCUGAUUUAAGGAGAUUACAGAUAUCAUGGAGCUCUGUGGUUAUGUGCCUCUAUGAAGCUGGAAAGAGUCAAAACAUGACCUUGUUAGACUUGUAUUGUGAGGCACUUGAUCCAGAACUAUGUCACUCAAGUGCUUUUGAUCCUUUCUUGGGAUCAGAAAUGAAUGUUAAAAUGUCUUCAAGUGACCACCACAUGCAUGGACAAUUGCGCAUCCAUGCAUUUGUCUCUCAAGUGAUCCGGAAGGUAAGGGAUCUACCAGCAGUGCCCCUUUUUCAGUUGCUCAACAGUUGGGAAAAACUUACUGUCGGCAUGGCUGAGAUCCAUGCAAAAGUGAGGGAGCUGCAGUGUCGGUUCAAAUUUGACAAUGACAAGGGUUUGAAGGAAAAGCAAACAAAUGUGUCCAAGAGACAGAAAACUAGAAGCAAUUUAAACGUUGAAAAGGGUGCAAAAGGAUUGAAUGAGGAAGUCAUCGCAUUGGUACAUUGCAUGGUUAAGAACUAUAUGCUGCCCAUUGAGUGCAUACCUUUCCAUGAAAUUGCCUGUCUUAAGAAUGUAGACAAACUUCAGUUGGCAUUGAUAGGGGACCCAAGGAGAACAAUACAAGUUGACCUUUUGGAGUUCUAUAAGUUUUUGAAGUGCAAUUGCUGCAGCAAGAGUGACAGUAUGCCAUUUUCAUCCAUGCAUGACACAUCAAUUAUGUACAUGCUUGCUCAAGAGCAUGGUGACCUUAUCAAUCUCCAUGACUGGUAUCAAUCUUUCAAAGCAACUAUACUUCCCCCAAGAACCAGAGGGAAGCACAGAUUGAAACAGUCACCAUCACCCAAGAAAAGGAAGGAUAGUAAUGAAUCUCAAAACAAGAGUGAAGCAUCUAUUCAGGCACAAUUCUGCAGGGCAGUUACAGAGCUCCAGAUUACAGGGUUGCUUCGGAUGCCUAGCAAAAGACGUCCUGAUUAUGUCCAGAGAGUUGCCUUUGGUCUGUGACACUGCCAAUUGAAGAGGUGUGCUGCAGCUGCUUUUUAUUUUAUAUUUUUACUCUCUGCCAAGCUUCCCCCUUUACCCAAGAAAUGAAUAUAUGGUGGAAGAAAUUAUUAACAAGAUAAUAAUAAUAUUAUUUUGUGGGCAUGAAGAUGAAGGGAGAUGUCAUAGUAACUUGAUAAGAAGAAACGAGAUUUAAGAGGAAAGUUUGUCAAGAUGUGAAUUGUCGGGAUUCAAUAUCGUGUAUGAAUAUGAUGAUGCAAUUUGGAUUUG